AUGAGCGUCAUUCUCUGUACUGCGGGGUAUGACCAUACCAUCCGCUUCUGGGAGGCCCUCUCCGGAAUCUGUUCCAGGACCAUUCAACACCCUGAUUCGCAAGUCAACCGACUGUGUAUCACCCCCGACAAGAGAUACUUGGCUGUCGCAGGUCACCACAAUGUGAAGCUCUUCGAUGCCAAGUCGAGUAAUCCCCAGCCUCUGAUGACCUUUGAGGGUCACACCAACAAUGUGACUGGGGUCGCAUUUCAUUGUGAAGGCAAGUGGAUGGUGACAAGUUCUGAGGACUGCUCGAUCAAGGUGUGGGACGUCCGCAGCGGUAGCCUCCAACGCGACUACCGACAUGACUUCCCGGUCAAUGAUGUGGUCAUCCACCCCAAUCAGGCGGAACUGAUCAGUGGUGACCGUGGUGGCAUGGUUCGCAUAUGGGAUCUGGGCGAGAGCAAGUGCAUUCACGAGCUGGAGCCCGAGGAAAACAGCUCAGUGACAAGCGUCAGCGUAGCCAGCGAUGCGACCUUGCUGUGCGCUGGAACCAAAAAGGGCAAUGUCUACCUCUGGCGGAUGGUACAGACUGAGGACAAGGGUCUCAUCAUUCCCGUCGCUACUUUCUCGGCCCACCAUGACUACCUGAAUCGCGUUCUCCUCUCGCCCGACGUUAAGCACUUGGCCACAUGCUCCGCCGAUCAUACUGCCAAGGUCUGGAACCUCGACCCAGACUAUCCCCCGGCUAAGAUCGCGUUGAAAGAGUGGAAGGAAAAACAGGACCAACAGGCCCAGGUCGACCCGACGGAGAAGACGAAUGAGGUCGAUUCCCUGGAAGCUAAGAGUCAAGGGCACGACCUCCUGCGCAUCUUCGACCAGGACCGCCACUUGUUGCGCCUGAUUGGUAAAGAUCCUCGAGAGGAAACGCCCCAGCAAAAGUUCCCCGCGCAGCCUGACGGCCCGCCCAUGGACCCCGCCAACAAGACCCUGUUCCUCGAGACUACUCUCGCGGGGCACCAACGAUGGGUGUGGGACUGCGCAUUCUCAGCCGACUCGGCCUAUUUGGUGACUGUGUCAAGCGAUCACUACGCUCGACUGUGGGAGCUGAGUACAGGCACUAUCAUUCGGCAGUACAGCGGUCACCAUCGCGGUGCAGUGUGUGUGGCGCUGAAUGACUACUCAGAACCUCGCUGA